AUAGUGUGAAUCUGUUCGUAAAUUCGUCCGAAUUGCAUCAGAACCAUUUCUUAAAUGAAAUUCAGUAUUCUAUUUCUACGUUUGAAUUGUAAUGUCCGAUUUGGGAUAAACUGUACAUGAGAAAGUGAUUACUUUUUACCUAAAUAACUGUGAUACGCGCUUUCGUUCCUGUCUACUAAAAUCAUAGUAAAUUUGAAUUUCAGAAAGCAGUGCCUCUUUUUACUCUGUAUCACUUGAAGAACAUCAGUAAAACGGCAGUUUUCAGAUGGCCGGCCAUCAGUCGACGAAAAAGGUCGAAGGUCCAAAUCAGUGAACUGAAGAAUCUAGUAUAAGUAAAAACCGUUAAGGAUGGAGAAUGUCGGAUGGAUAUUUGUGCUUUUCUCCGAGAAAUGGAGAACAUCUAAGAGAGUUGAUGCAGUUGUUAAGAUGAUUUUUUGUGAUUUGUUACUACCAAGAAGCUGUUUGAAAAGGAGUCGCACCGAAUUGAUCAGAAUGAGUUCCGAAUGUGCUGGAGAUUCUGUAAAAAGAAAAGUAGAUGAGAUUUCUGACUGUUCUGAGUCUGUGUCAAAGAAACCACUUAUAUCAGAUGAGAAACCUUUGGAUGAUAUCAUUGUAAAAGCUUUGGGUGAUACAAAUCGUGUAAGGAAACCAAAAAAGGUAGUUUUUCUGUUGUGUUACUUGGGCAAAGAAUUUUAUGGAAUGCAAAGGAAUUCAAAUGUUUCUACUGUUGAAGAGGAAUUAUUUAAAGCCUUACUGGAAACCAAUGUAAUUCUUAAAUCAGAAUUUGAUUUUCCUAAAACAAUGAAAUUCCAACGGGCAGCACGAACUGACAAAGGCGUAUCUGCAGUAAGACAGAUAGUUUCUCUAAAAAUUCCAUUGAAAGAAAUAUCUGAUGCCCUUCCUGAAAAAAUUAAUAAGCAUCUUCCUCCUGAAAUACGGCUUGUUGCUGUAAGGAGAGUUACCCAAUCGUUUGAUGCAAAAAUUGCAUGCGAUGCAAGAACUUAUUCUUAUAUGUUGCCAACAUUUGCAUUUGCUCCUAAUAUAGAAGGAAACUCUGAAGAAUAUAGGAUUGAUGAUGAAAAAAUUAAAGAAGUAAAUAAAUUCUUACAGAAUUACAUAGGAACACAUAAUUUUUAUAAUUUUACGUCUGGAAGAUUACCUGGUGAUCCCAGUUGCAAAAGAUAUAUUUUAUCAUGUGAGUGUGGCCCUCCAUUUGAAUCCUGUGGUCUAGAACUUUCAGUGAUAAAAAUCAAAGGACAGAGCUUUAUGCUUCAUCAAAUAAGAAAGAUGGUAGGACUUACUAUAGCAUUCAUGCGCAAUUUGGCUGAUGACAGUAUUUUAGAAAAAAUUUGGCUUAAGGAACGGAUUGACAUUCCAAAGGCACCUGGAUUAGGUCUAAUGUUAGAAGAGUUACAUUAUGACUGGUAUGAUUCAAAGUAUGGAUCUGAUGGCAUGCAUGAACCAUUAAAAUGGGAUGCAUACAAUGAAUUCAUUGAGACAUUUAAACAAGAAAAAAUAUGUGCGAAUAUUGCAAAAACAGAGAGAGAAGAAAAAUCUAUGCUGCAGUGGCUUGAAACUUUACCACAUCAUAGUUAUGAUGUUAGAGAUGCAGGCCCUCCAGAAAAGCUCCCACCCAAAGGACCCAUAGAAGCAACUAUCAGUGAUGACUUACACCAGCAACAAUCUAUCCUUAAAGCAGUGUCAAAUUCCAGUGUUUCUGCCUCUGAUAUAGAUGAAAACCUUUGUAGUGAUGAGGUUAACUCUAAUACAACAUCUAGUGAAUUAAGCACAAAUAUUUGUAAAAAAGAAACAGAAAUUAAAUGUGAAUGUUAAUAGUAUCUUAAA